CCGAACGAGUGACCAAACGGGACGAAGGCCCGUGCUUGGUACGGAAGUUGCGCAAGAAGAGGAGGAACAAAACAAGCCAUUCAUUACAGUUCGAAAAGUCAAGUCAGUUGCUUCAAAUUCAGAAAUUAGGAGACAGCAGCGCAAUUUCGUCUGUUACGAAACCCACUCUCACCUGCGUAUUUGACACGUUAAUAGCUUAUAAUUGACUGGAGCGGUGGACAUUCGAUUCUUUUUCAUUUUCCUCCUUUUCUUUUAGGUGCGAGGAUAAAUCAAAUUCUUCUUUCUAUAAUUCUUAAUUAAAGAGUGUGCAUCCGAGAAAGUCCAUUAUUUAACAUCUAUACCAUAUUAUAUUUUUCUAACUUAUCAUAUUUUAAAAAAAUAAUAAUAAAAAUGUUUUUUUAAACAAAUAUAAUGUGAUGUGUAAAUUUUUUUUAAAAAAAAUUGAUUAGUCGGAAGUAUAACUUUUGUUGUAUGUUGGAAAUUUUUUCUUCCAAACCGAAUAAAAAACAUCAACCACGCGUCGCCAUUCCCCAAUUUCUCCCUUGGGGUAAAAGGAGAGCGAAGCGUCGAGCAGUGGUGAGGGGGAGAUGGCGAAGGGAGGAGGAGGGGGCGAUCGCGAGGGCGGCGCCCUGAAGACGGCGUUGGUGGUGGCGGGGGGGCUGGUGUUGGCGUGGCUGACCGUGGAGACGGCGUUCAAGCCCUUCCUCGACGGCAUCCGCGGCUCCAUCGCCCGCUCCGACCCCAACCGCGACCCCGACGACGCACCCGCCGCGAAUCCCUCCUCCUCACCGGAGGAAGGGGACGAAGCCAAACCGUCGUCGGAUUAGACCGAGACCGCAAUUGUUCAAUUUCGUUCGGUUCUCAAAACCCUAGUAAUCCCUAGUAAUGAUACAUAUGUAAAUUUUUCUGAACUGCGGUAUAACUCUACUACUCCCGUGACGGUGGUGUCAAUUUGAUCCCUUUUUUGUGCUUUUAUUGGAAUCUGGCAAUGAGCUUGUGGGAUUUUCGAAGA